AUGGACCAAUUGCAAAUUCAACACCAAAAACGGAAUCAUCAAAAUCCGAUUAUCCGGCAAAUUAUAGAGCAAGCAAAACAUGUAUCAAAACGACGAAAAACAAAAUAUGGCUCAUAUAAAACAUUAAAUGAUGAUGCAUAUAAUAGUGAUUUGGAUGAUUUAUGCGAUCCGGAUUUUUAUUUAACCUAUACAUCACAAGGAACAAUGCCUAUUACAAGUAAUACAAUGGAAUCAGGUAAAUUAAACGGUGACCUGAAUAGGAUGAAUAAAAAUGAACCGGAUAAUCAAAGUGUAAAAGAAAAUUAUCUUCCAACAAAUACAACAACAACAACAACAACAACAACAGGAAUGGCAGCAAUAGAUGAUGCAACAGCAAAAAUGAUCGAACCUAACCGGAAAAAUAUCAAAAUACCGGCAAAAAAACGAUUUAUCAGUAAAUUUUAUUAUUUUUCCGCAAGUUUAUUUGUUUUUAAAAUUACUUAA